AUGACAGCCAAACAAAAUGUAAAUUAAUAUCAAAAAUACCUAAGCCCCACACCGAGCAAUCACACUUUGUAAAUAAAACCCUCACAUUUCGAGGACAUUUUCCCGUUCCACACAAAGAGCUGGGCGACGCUCUUGGCUGAAGUCCAUCCACACACCACACUACAUCCAAGUUAAGAUGGCCACACAGGGCAAGAACGUGGACUUCAGCGUUUUGGAGUUCGACAACUACAAUGACUACCUGACAUCGUUUGCCACCGUCAAGGACUAUAGGUAUCUGAGCAAUCAGAACACAAUAAAGACCAUCGUUCAGCUGGGCUACCGCACCACGAAGAUACCCUACACCUCGGAGGAGUACGUGAAGAGAGUGGACAUAGCCCUGGAGGCCAUUAGGCCGAAGACAGCCCAUGUGGGUCUGUUCAGCGAUCUUAUGGCGCCCACAAACCAAGACCCGGUGCUUCUGGAGUUCAAGGCUCGCGAGCUGCUCAACUUGAACAAGAUUCUUUCGACCAUUGUCUUCACCUCUUACAUCCACAUCGACGGCUCUGAGAUCUCCGGCUACAUAGACCUGGACAUGAGUUGGCGGAACUGCUACCGGGAGGCCAUGAAGCAUACCGACUGGCGGGGAGUCUUCACAGGUCGGUCACGCCUGAAGCCCAUGGCCCACCAUCUCAGCUACUCGAACCCUCGCUACAACAUGGUCAAGUACACCGACAGCGACAACUACCAGGUGAUGCACGACCACCACUACGGCCUGAUGUUCAUGCAUCGGGGCGACCACAAAAUGAUUUCGGUGGGUGGCCAGUUCAACAUGUACUCCAGAAACGCCAAGCGAUCGAUGGUCUACUCCCCCAAAUUCGGAUAUGUUGUCUUCUACGAUCACUUUGUGCGCAAGAAGGUGUAGAUCUCGAAGAUGAAGUCGAACAGGAAUGUAUCAAAAUUAUGUCGGUGAUUUGUAAUUAAAUCUCAAACUAAGGCAAGAGAACAGUAAAUAAAACAUUUUUAAUUAAACAAAA